AUGUCAGUUAACUACUUGCGCCGACUCCUGCUUCUGCUCGGGGUUUACAGUCUACCGUGUCCGGCCAGUGAAGACCGCCGCAGCGUUUCUGUGCCUGAAAAUGCCAAGCCUGGGACAGAAGUCCUCAGUUUGCUGGGGAUAGAGAAAGCGGAACUUCCGUGUGUGAUCGUGGAGGGAGAUCCGUACCGUCGGUUCUACCUGAGUACGAACUGUACAAUUGUGGUCGGCAGGGCGCUAGACUGGUCAGUACAAUCAGAGUAUCUUCUCAAGAUUCGUGUUGGACAGUUUAAAUAUCCAAGUCACCGUGUCGUCAGCAUUCACGUACACGUGAAAAACGUUCCAGGCUACCCUCCUGUGUAUAACGACAUGUGUGAAAUACCGACCAGAGCUUUGGGGGACUCAGAUGAAUUUCUGUUAAGUUUAAGCAUAAGUGCCCAGGUUGAGACGACUGUCGGGGAUGUUCUUUUCGCUGAAAGGACCUUUUCAAGACCUCUAGAUCAUUGGAACAUGGAUAAUCCUACUUUUGUAAUCAACAUGGACAACAACUGCCAGCUUCACAUAGCACUGGAAGUCCGUGGUCUAACCGACACCGCAGUCGCAGCAGAAUUGUCACUGGCGAAACAUCACGAUCAGGAUACAUUUAAAGUUUCAUGCUAUGCUGAGUCUAACCAUACAUCUGAGCUCUUCAUUGAGCUCUAUCAUGAUGACGACGAUGACAAAGAUAAACUGCAUCACCUAAAACAAUACGUUCCGCAGGUUAUGGCGAAGCUUAAGAAAGCACGUUUGAUCUACUUAGUCUCCUUUGCAUUUCCAACCAAAACCGCGACGAGAUAUAAAUGUGACUUCCCGUCGUUGCGAAAUCCAGUCAGAUUCCGUAAACACCGUGACUCGAUCGGUGCGAUCAAAAAUGUUGAGGCGGCAGCUGUGGUUUUGGCUCCAAUCGGCUGCCCUCCGAGUAGAUACGGGUUUCUUUGCGACAAGAGCUGCAUCUGUGAGAACGGAGCCCGUUGUCAUGGUUUCAAUGGUGCCUGUAAAUGUACACACGGAUGGCAAGGUGUGGCUUGUGACAUCCCUAAAGCUGGUGUUUCGGCAACAACGACACCUAGCGACCCUGCUGAUAUCUACAUCUCCACAAAUGUCACCAUUCACUGCAAGACCCAUCACCUAAAUGUCACAACGUUAACACUUCGACUUCCAAACGGAUCUGAGAUUGUAAGCAACGUUACUACUCAACUAGACCAAACUGUCUCUAACAUAGAAUCUGAAGACAAAGGUCCCUAUAUCUGCCAGGUGCUAGACACCCAUGGAAACGUUUUCAAUGUGACAAUUGUACUUGACAUUGCCAAGUGCCCACCAAAUCGAAAAGGCGACCUCUGUGAUGAAACGUGUGAUUGUCUCCAUGGUGCGCCCUGUGACUGGCAGGCCGGCUGCGUCUGUCCGCCGGGGUGGACAGGAACCAGGUGUCAGACGACAUGUCCGGACGGCACGCAUGGCGAACGGUGCACGAAGAAGUGCUGCUGCCAAAACGGCGCUAGCUGUACCCCCAGCGAUGGUAUGUGUACAUGCAAAGCUGGCUGGUACGGAUCGGACUGUACCGUACCAUGUCCGAGAUACAGGUAUGGCUUGAAAUGUCAGGAGACCUGUACCUGUAAAAACAACGCCACCUGUGACAACGUCGACGGCAGCUGCACCUGUGCAGUGCCUUGGAAAGGGACGGACUGUGGCGAACUCCACGCAUCUUCCCAACAGGGUGCAGUUCAACAGGCAAAUGGAUGGAAACUUCUUGUCGAAAUCCUUGUUCCAUUAGCCUCCGUGAUUGUCCUGGUUGUUUGUGUAGCGACCAUACUUUACAAAAAGCGCCUCCUGUGUGGCGUUGCCGCCGGUGCAGAUGGGGAGACUGAAGCUCUGCUGGAGUUACAACAAGUGGAGGCUGGCCUGACACAGACCGUCCAACCGGGCUGGCUCAGCCGUUGGGAGACGACGAGUCGUCAUCUGUCUCUUGGUCACCUGGUAGGAAUGGGAAUGUUCGGACACGUCAUACAGGCCAAGCUCAAGACACCUGCCGGUGAAAUCACUGUAGCUGCCAAGGCGGUUCGUAGAAAAGACACACAGUGCUACCGAAACUUCUACAGGGAAGCGGCCAUCUUGGUAGCUAUACAUGAGGACCAAAAUCACGAGAACCUUCGCUCCAAUAUCAUUCAAUUGUUGGGGUUGGUGAACGAAACGUCGCAGAAAUAUAUCCUCAUGGAAUACGCUUCUAAAGGAAAUCUCUUACUUCUGUUGCGACAAGCGCGAAGGCAAAACGGCACCAUAUUCUUGCCAUACAAUCUCCGCUAUGCUGUACACAUAUCCCGAGCUUUGCAGGAGCUCCAACGCCUGGCUCUCACUCACUGUGACGUGGCCGCUCGGAACGUCCUCAUCACGGCUGACGAUGUGGCCAAGUUGGCCGACUUUGGGCUUGCGCGAGAUGUGUACGCCACUGUGCAGUAUGUCACUGGCCACAAGAGAGAGCGUGCUAAGCGAGAAAACCUAGAUGAUGAAGUUUUCCCGUUAAACUGGAUGUCUUUGGAGUCUUUAGAGACAGGCGAGUACACCUGUCAGAGUGACGUCUGGUCCUUUGGUGUGCUGCUGUGGGAGAUCGCCACGCUGGGACGUGAACCGCGUUACGAUGGCAACAACAACCCGAGCUGCCUCCAGCUGGCACGGACACUCCGGAGGGGAGUCCGGCUGAGACGGCCUCCGGAAUGUUCCGGAGAGAUGUAUGACGUCAUGAGCUCGUGUUGGCAGGAACAGCCAUCAGAAAGACCGGAUCCGGAUGUAUUGGAGAAAAGACUACUGCAAGUGCGAAAUACGAUGAUUCCUUGCUUAUCUAUUGAGAGGGAAACAACAGUGUAGACCGCGGCACCCCUGAGGUGUCGCCAAAAGAUACAAACCGAAUACCAUCCCAGUAACGCAGACUGCAACAUUGGAUGUAGGAAGUAAAAUACGUAAGAAACGAUAUGUAAAUGUUGAUAUCAUUUCCGUCUCCAUUUAUUAUGUUCAUGUACACCCAAAAUAACGCAGCUUGUUGAAGUUUUUCGUUGGGUAAGCCUCAAAGCAAUGCAUAGUCACUCACGCACACACAAACACACGCACACACAAACACACACACAAACACACACACACACACACACACACACACACACACACACACACAUACGCACACACAUUCACAUACAUUCACAUACACACACUUUGAUACACAAACACAUGCGAUGACCACCUCUCAUCUUCAAACACUGGUACUCAAUGUGCUCAAAGAAAGCAUAGAGGACUUCGCACCCUCGAGACAGUUUCGAGCACAUAACCGUAUUAUCAAUCAUACUUGACUUGACCCAAGAAGGACAAACCUUUGUGCCUUACCUUGAGGAAAGUCCUUCUCCUCCCCAGCCACUCGUACGUGAAGUUUGUCUUGAAAGGUAACCGUGAUGGACUACUGUUUCCCUAGGAGUAACGGCUGCAGUUCAGUUUCAACUUAUGUUUGUCCGCACAGUUCAAAGUAAACACAUGACAUGUAAAGCUAUAAAACGGUUAACACAAUGGUAGAACGUCGGGGGGUUAGUUACACAGCUAGUAACAAAACUAUACGUCUAACGUGAGCUUGAUUUAUGUCGGUGCGCAUGCAGACAUGA